UGCUGUCAACUCCCAGUCCCAGUUGCCAGCUCCCAGCUCCCAGCUCCCAAUCGUUUCACCGAGUCAACUGAAACAGUGCUCCCCCCACUCACAAAAUAUAAAAUAUACAAAGCUGAACACCACCAUUCGCACACACAAAACCGGCGGCCAGAGAUCGCAAAUGCCGCAACAGAUCGCCGGAGAGGAGCAGCCAGUAUGAAUCGCCAACGAAUCAACCAGAUGCGACAGAUGGACCGCGGUCAGGAGGGCCUGCAGCAAGUCAUCCAGAUGCAGGGUCAGCCACAGGGUCAAGCGAUGGGCAACCAGCAGGAUCACCACGCCCAGACUGUUCGUCGCAAGACGACCUACACCAGAACGGAGAUGCUGUCGCGUGGUCUGCCCUCGGUUCCAAACAGCAAUCGAUCGGCUCGUAACUGCACCACAGCUGGCCAGGAUUGGAGCAGUCAAGUAUCGCCGAAACAACGCUACACACAACCACCAGCACCACCACAACCAGCAGCGAAGGUCGUCAUCCCGGCCACGCCACUGGUGCAAAGCACCAAUGCCACCAAUAAGAACAACAGCACCCUCGGCAGGCAACGCAGCUUUCUGCCCCGUGUGGCCAGAUUGCCCAACAAGGUGGACAAGUCGCCCGCUAGGACACUUAAUCGCACCAUUCGCGACACUGAGCUCCAGGUGGAGCAGUCCAGACAACAGCAAGCAGCUACAGGGGGCAGCAAUCAGAAGGGCGCGCACUUGAUGAACACACCGCAUGGCAGCGACAGCAGCAUGCUGGCCGCCAGUGGAGACAAUCAACUGAUCAGCGACAGCAGCAGCUCGAUGGAGAAUCACAAGGUCAAGUUGGCCAAGGCCAUUCGCUUGCCGGAUGAGCAGAACAAGAGUUUCGUCUAUGUCUGCAAGCCGGUGAAGAAGGUGAAGGCCCUGCUCACUGCCCGCAGAUUGCGCACCAGUUGCGAGCACUUGAAUGGACUGAAGGAGGGCGAGUUUUGCCUGCAGGACGAGGAGACGUUCCAGCUGCAAAGACCCAUUUCCGAGGAGGCACUGCACAGCAGGAUCGCCGCCGAAGGAUACACCCUCUCGCCGGUCGAGGGCCUGGCGCCGACAUCGAGCACCUCCAGCCAGUUGGAUAGCCCCACCUUGGCGGCCAUGCUGCAGCGCCAGCAGCAAUUCGAGGCCAAGGCGGUGUGCAGUCAGGAGCGCUUGCGCGUCCAGUUGCGCGAGGUGCGGCAGAGGCAGCGACAACUGCGCCAGCUGGAGCAGGAUCAGCAGCAGGAGCAGCACGACAAGGAGCAGCGCCAGCUGGAGUUGGAUCAGAUGUGCCAGAACUUGCCCGCCCUGCGGCAUGAGAUACACAUGCUGCAGCAGUUGGGCGAAAAACUGGAGGCGACACUCCGCGUGUCCAGCAUACCCAAACCGCGGAGCACCGUCAUCAUAACGGAUAUAAGUCAGCAAUCUUCUGGCCGCUUCUAUACGCCGCGCACCAGUCCAUUUCAAUUGGACGAGCUGCCCAUUCGGAAACUGGGCUUUCGUCGCGUGGAACAGUUGGCAGUCAUUCGGUCAUGCAUCAUGGGCACCGUCUGCCACGUGGGUUUGGUGCAAGAGUUUCGCAUCGAGACGAAAACCCUGAAUGAGCUGAAGACAGCGGAUGAGUCGCAAUGCUUCUAUUUGCCAGCGCCCAAGGAGGAACCGGCGCUGACCGUCGCCUACGAAGCAGAUGCACUGCAGCCCACCAACUUCCGCAAGUUACGCGAGAAUCCCAAUAUGCUGCUGCAGCAACUGCGCCAAGUGCCUGGCACUGCCAGACCCUUCAAUCUCCUGGACCAGGACACCAUGUUCUUCAACAGUCUGGCCUAUGCGGAUCCAAAAACGCUGGCGGCCGCCCACAACGCUGCCGAGCAACUCGAGGUGGCCACACGAGAGACGGGCGGCGGUGGUGCAACCAUGGCCCAUUAUGGCGGUGCCAUCGCCUACUCACGCCUCUCGGUGCGGCUCAACGAAGUGGGCGUGGCGUCGACCGCUUCGGGGAGAUCAGCAGAGCAGGGCCAUCGAUGCUCUAGCCAGGUGAACAAUACCACGCAAACGGAAUUCGAAGUGCCCAGGCUGGGCAAACAGUUGGAACCGGAAAUGGAACAGGAAGCGGAAUCAGAAUCAGAAUCAGAAUCAGAACCGGAAACGGACAUCAGUUCACCCGACUACACACCGAAUCCCAGUCCUCGGCUGAGCAAGCGCAAGAAACUGGAGGAGCUGCGAGCCAAGGUGGCUGGCCAAGCUGUGAGGAAAUCCCACUUGGAUGCGAGACCAAUGAAGAUGAGGAAUACGAUGCGUCGACCGGCGCCGGAGCCGCCCAUUAAGUGUCGCGUGGAGCCGAAGGUGCGAUUGAAGUUGUUCAAAACCGUGUUGGUGGGCAUGGUGCAAGUUGCUGUUAUACUCGUGCUCAUCAUGGCCUUCACCUAUCCGGAUGUCAGCUGCUGAGCCACGGAACCCAAUCAUCCAGCAGCCCAAGAUGACACAAGCAUAGUAAAUACAAAAAAUAUAGAACAAAAAAAAAAACAAAGAGGUGUAAGCAGUAUAAGCAGGCUGCAAGCAGUGCAAGCAGCUGGAAAAGCAGAAGAACAGAAGAGUUGCAAAAGCCAAUCCACUGAAAAACGCCGAUAACCGAACCGAUUCGGUGUUUGAUUUCACACAGAUGUUUUCGAAUUAAUUGUUUUCUUACUGGCGAUGCCAAGCGAUGCCAAGUCGAUCAAUGUUAAUAAAAUUUCAUGUGUAUUGCGAACCGUAAGCGCCCCAGCACCAAAAACCGAUUCGCUACUGUAUCGGUUAGGCGAAGCGGUUAAGCGAAACAAUAUAAAAGCA